AUGCAGGACCCUACUCUACAGUUCUUGCGUGCUUUAGUCACACACGGUGAGAAUAGGUAUUGUUUCGACUGCCAUCAGAGAGGUCCGACUUAUGUCAACAUAACCAUUGGUUCCUUCGUCUGCACAACAUGUAGUGGUGCAUUGAGAAAGUAUAAUCAUAGAGUAAAGUCAAUUUCCAUGUCGAAUUUUUCACAGUCAGAGAUUGAUUUCUUGUGUACACGCGGGAAUAAGGCAUGUCGGAAAAUUUAUUUGGCACUAAGUGAUGACCAGACUAUGACGGAAAAAGAUCUGAAGGACAGUGCCUUGGAUAACUUCUUAAGACAAAAGUACCAGCUGCAAAAAUGGUAUCGUGAUCCAACACCUCAGAUAGAAGCUGAGGCUUUAAAAGAAAAUCGUGAACUGCUUGAACAAGCAGAGAAAAAUAUGAAUCAGAAAAGCAAUCGUACUACUUGCGGUAAUGCAGCAGCUGGACUUAUCGUCUUACCUACUCGUGUAAAUGCGAACGCUUCACAAGUCAAUUCAACCGGUGGGACAAGUCAAAGUAGUGGUGCUAGUAGUAUUAAUGGCGAAAACACGGCACCACAGCAGUCUGUUACAAAUCACGUUGUAUCUAGUCAAAAGCAGGAUGCAUUUAGUUCCCAAGCUAAAAUUAACACAGAUCCAUUUGCUUCGUUUACACCAAAUUUUCCAUCGACUGGCAAAGAAGAUCUUUUCGGAAAUUUCCCCCAAAAAGUUACAACCUCUACCACCAAUGUGAAUAUGAUGACCCAACCGUUUCCCAGUGUACAUUCAACUAUGCCUACUAGUAUGUUUACAAAUUCAUCGGUGAAUACAACUAACAAUUUCUAUGGAUCGAAUAGUAGCGGUGACAAGUAUGCUGCACUCGCAGAACUUGAUGGUCUAUUCAAAAAUAGUGGAAUUAAUUCAUCUACUUCAGAAACUGUUGAAAAAGCAGUUAACGAUAUCACUGUAUCUAAAAGUAACAUUCCUAUUGUGAAUACUAGUCAUUGGGCCACAUCAUUCACACCUCAAAUUUCUUAUCCCAGCAAUACUGUUGUUGGAACACAUGGAUGGCCUACAAAUACACCUUUCCAGGAUACUACACAUACACAUACACUAAAUCCCUUUGCAAAUUCAGCAGUCGGUGUUCAAAAUCCUACAGCGUUUAACAGAAUCCCUAAUCCAUUCACAAAUUAUCCUAUUGUUGCAGCCUCUCCAAAUAUCAAUCAUCAGUUCACUGAACCAGUCAGUUUACCGAAAUCAGAUAGUAGUAAAAAUCCUUUUCUAUCCAUUACUCAACAGUCAUUUAGUGUGAAUCCAUUUUCCAAUUUAACAAAUCCUACUGCUAUCUCGUAUCCACAAUCAACUAUGAAUUCAUUCUUACCAAUUAAUAUGCACUCAGUUAAUAGCUUUCCAACAAAAAUGAAUAAUCCUGUGAAUGGAAUGGUUGGACAGCUGGGGUCUAGCGGAUUUCCAGAUAACAACAACAACAAUAACAAUGGGGAAACGUCUCGUCCUCAAAUGUCUAAUUUCAAUCCUUUUUGA